CCGCUGCGCAUCAGCUCUUCCGUCCCUUCCUUUCUCGAUAUUAGCACGUGUCCAAUACCUUGAACCUUAGGCGUUGACCCCACCAUAUCUUGAGCACCCUAGCAGCCUUAAUUCGCUAUUGCCAAGCAUUGAAUUCUAUCGAAGGGGGCAGUUACCUUUUUCUAAGUAACGAUUCAAAUACCCACAUCAUCGUAUUUUCAGCCAACUCAAACACCAUGUCGGCAAACGAAGGCCACGAUAGCGUGCGACGACCGCGCUCCACGUCGCGCUCGCGUCCGACAACUCCUCUCCGCCCCUCCUCCCGUUCCUCGUUCCGCGAGUCCGCUCAGCGCAGCGUCCAAGGCGGCGAACCCUUCCCGCUGAACGCCUUCGAACCCGCAUUCGCCGAGUUCUCUGAUGCUAUGGCCGACCUAGAGGCGAACAUGAUGCACUUCCAGCUGAUGCACGAAAGCCUCUCACGAUUCAGCGAGAGCUUCGCGAGCUUCAUGUACGGACUGAACAUGAAUGCUUUCUGCGUCGACUUUGCCGAGGGACCGAUCCCCGAGUCAUUCCGCAGAGCGAGGGUUAGAGAGGAGCAAUCACCGGCACCAGUCCGAUCUCGAAGCACAGAGCGUGGAGGCGAAUUCGAUGGGGAGACGACAUUCAUGACUACGGACACCUCCUUCGUAGAGAACCCACCGACAGUCUCCAAGCCGACUCCUAAGAAGUUUGCGACGUCGGAUGCUCGUCAGUCUCGUGUCCCCCCUCCCUCGAGAGGCGGCACCCAGUCUAGAGGUAGAGGCGGAACGGGACGAGGUCGAACAAGUGGUCUCGUUAGACCGAGAGCUCGUGGCUUGAAAUGAGCGAAGUCGAUAACUUAUCAGACUCUC